AUGGAUAGUAAGAAUUUCCAGUCACAAAUAAGGACAUACAACAUGAUGUUUGCUUUCACUUCACCAGGAGCUAAGUUGGACAACAGAUUUAAUAAUGGUCGUGGCCCACCUACUAUUAGAAUCCAAGGACAAGCUUGCCACCGAAUUGGUAGUUUAUUACCACCAGAAGGACAUCCACCUAAAUUUGCCCAACUUUACAUAUAUGACAUUGAAAAUGAAGUUACAAAUAGAAUGGACGGUCUCAGAAACAAAAACAACAUCCUGCCCGAGACUAUACAAAAGUUGUCAGAUAUGUUAUAUACACAUAACACACAUGCCAAAAGUUUCUUAAUGGCUAGACAGUGGCUCAAUCACAACAAUGUUCAUAAUUUAAAACUCAAAUUGAUUUCAACUAGGUCUAUUGAUGGAAGAUUGUACAAUCAACCAACUGUUUCUGAAGUGGAAGCUUUAAUUGUUGGUGACAUUGACACUACUGAGGAAAGAGACAUUAUAGUGCAAGCCAAAGGGGGCAACUUAAACGCAUUGAUAAGUUUCAUCCAGCUUACUUGUCUUACCAGUAUCCCUUGA